AAUCUUCAACCUCUAAUCUCCGUCCUUCCCAUCCCGGCACGUCUGUCCCCAUGCCCCCAAUCAUCUCCCCACCCCACAAAAGCUUGUCCGGUCUUGACAACACGGCCCUGCUCCCUGGCGAUGCCUCUUACGGCAGGGAUUCGCCCAUCUGAAACGCCGUGCCAUUCCCUCCCGAGUCAAGAUCUGCCGCCC